AAUCAAGCCAAUCCAGGACCACGACCCUGAUUAGUAUUUUACAAAUCCAAACCGGGCCCCCCUCGGCUGACUGAUGCACAAUUUUUAGUGGCUGCAGUUCGUCAUUCUCGCAGGCGGUGGUAAAUCUCACAGGAGCCCGCCGCAUCACAUCAUCUUGGCCGAAUCGCGCCCCCAAACCGAACUCGUCCAGAUUCGAUUACACACUACUGCAACUCUAUAGCAACAUACACACAUAUAUAUCUCUCACACUCCUUUGCUACCCCAAUUUUACUCCCUCUUCCAACAUCCAAUCCACCCACAUCCAUGAACUUUGUUCGAUCCUUUUUUACAUCUGCAGUCAGAUUCAGCCCCGAAACAAAAAUGGCCAACGUCGAGGAAGUCCAGCGAAUUAUCAAGAAGAACAACGUCGUUGUCUUCUCCAAGACGUGGUGCCCCUACUGCAAGGCCGCCAAGGCUGCCCUCAACGAGGCCAAGGCUAACUACGAAGUCGUCGAGCUGGACAACCGAAAGGACGGCGACGACCUCCAGGACGCCCUUCUCGAGAUCUCGGGCCAGCGAUCCGUCCCCAACAUCUUCUUCGCCGAGCAGCACGUUGGUGGAAACUCUGACCUGCAGCAGCUCGUCAAGAACGGCACCCUCCAGAGCCGUCUCCAAGAGGCCGGCGCAUAUGCGUAAGCAAUAAGCUUGGAGGAGAAAAGAAGAAGACUGUGUUUUUGGGCUGACGGCAUCAUGUGUUUUUGCUGUUUGGCGUUGAAUAGAGAAGAGGAUAAAUCAAAGCUAUAAUAGAUGGGCCCUACACUCUACGCAAAGAAGAUGCGGAUUGUGUCGGUUAGAAUGCAGUGUGGAGGUUUUUUUUUU